AUGACUCUACCAGAAUCCAAAGAUUUGACUCAUUUGUUCUCUGAUGAAACUAGAGCAAGGAAACCAUCUCCAUUGAAAACUUGUAUCCACCUGUUCAACGACCCUAAUAUUAUUUUCUUGGGUGGUGGUCUACCAAUGUCUGACUAUUUCCCAUGGGAUAAUCUAUCGGUUGAUUCACCAAUUCCACCUUUCACUAAAGGUAUUGGUGCCUCAAUUGAUUCCAGAAAUAAUGAUAUCUUGAAAGCUGAAUUGAAGAAAAAUGAAAAAUUACACGAUGGUGAUAUCCCACUUGCAAGAGCUUUACAAUAUGGGUUCUCUGCUGGUCAACCAGAAUUGAUGAAUUUCUUAAGAGAGCACACUACAAUAAUCCAUAACAUGCAAUAUAAAGACUGGGACGUUGUGGCUACCACCGGUAACACCAACGCUUGGGAAUCCACUUUGAGAGUCUUCUGUAACAGGGGGGAUGUUAUCCUGGCUGAGGCUCACUCUUUCUCUUCUUCUUUGGCUGCUGCUCAAGCACAAGGUGUCAUCACAUUUCCUGUUCCAAUUGACGAACAUGGGAUAAUUCCUUCAAAAUUGGCUCAAAUAUUAGAUAAUUGGACUGAAGGUGCUCCAAAACCAAAGUUGUUAUAUACAAUCCCAACCGGUCAAAAUCCAACAGGUUCUUCUUUAUCCGAUGAGAGAAAGGAGGAAAUCUAUGAGAUUGCUCAAAAACAUGAUUUUAUUAUUAUUGAAGAUGAACCUUACUACUUCUUGCAAGUAGGCAGAUACAUUAAGGACCUUGGUGAAAGAGCUAAGCUGGAGACUGAUGUUAGACCAACCCAUGAAAAGUUUUUACAAUCUCUAGCUAAGACUUUCUUAUCUAUAGAUACUGAAGGCCGUGUUAUUAGAAUGGAUUCUUUCUCUAAAGUUUUGGCACCAGGUACAAGAUUAGGUUGGAUCACAGGUUCUAAAAGAUUGUUGAAAGCUUAUAUUUCACUACAUGAAAUGACUAUCCAGGCACCAGCAGGUUUUACACAAGCCAUGGUAUCUUCUACUUUAAAUAAGUGGGGUCAGUCAGGUUACUUAGAUUGGUUGAUCUGUUUACGUCAUGAAUAUCUAUUGAAACGUAACCAUGCUAUUGAUUGUUUGUUCAAGUAUAUACCUGAUACUUCAAUCUUUACUAUCAAUCCACCAAUUGCUGGUAUGUUCUUUACUGUAAACAUUGAUGCUUCAGCUCAUCCAGAAUUUAAGACUAAAUUUGACUCAGACCCAACUAAAGUCGAACAGCAUAUCUACGAUACCGUCAUUAGUAAUGGUGUUUUAGUGGUUCCAGGUAUUUGGUUCAUCACUGAUGGUGAAACUACCCCUGCUCAACCAAAGGAAUCUAAAGAGAUCUCCAAUCCAAAUAUUGUUUUCUUUAGAGGUACCUUUGCUGCUGUUGCACCAGAAAAAUUAGAAAAUGGUAUAAAAAGAUUUGCUGAUGUUUUAAAAAAAAGAAUUUGCACUUAA